AUGCGUCUUUCGGAAGGGUUGGCGUUCCUCUCCGUCCUGCCGGCCGCUCUUGCGGCGCGGCCCUUUCUCAAUGAGCCUGAUACAGCCAUUGAAGAGGUUCUCGGCGACACCCCCGAGGGCACUCUCCCUGACCUAGAGAGCAUGCUCGGCCUCCCUGACUUCGAAUGGGCAGCCAAACGCUAUCUGAAUGCCUCCUCAUACACGUACUACCGCAACGGUGCAGCCGGAGAAUGGUCCUACAGGAACAACCUCGAGGUAUAUGGCCGGUUCCGCUUCCGGCCACGCGUGAUGGUCGACAUCACCCAGAUCGAGAAGACGCUACCGACCACCAUACUCGGCCAUAACUUCUCUGCGCCCUUUUAUAUUAGCCCGUGCGCCAGCGCAGGGCUGGCGCACCCGGACGCAGAGGCUAAUUUCGUCAAGGCCGCCUAUGAGGAAAACAUCCUCUAUAUCCCGGCCCUUUUGGCCACGCUAUCAAUGGACGAGAUCGCCGCCGCAAAGCCAGAGGACGGAUCACAGGUUCUUUUCCAGCAGGCUUAUCUCAACAGCAAUGACACUGCGACGCAGCAGGUCUUCGAUGACGCCGAACGACUGGGUGCCAAAGCUAUCGUCUGGACGAUCGACAGUCCAGCAGACGGGAACAGACACCGCGCGAACCGAUACGGCGUGGGUUCCUCAGACUCGGACUACACACUAUCGACUUGGGAAUUUUAUGCGAAGCUGCAAAAUAUGACCACGCUACCUAUUGUUCUCAAGGGCAUUCAACAUGUCGAGGACGUCAAACUUGCUAUUAAACACGGUGUCCCUGCCAUUAUCCUAUCUAACCAUGGAGGUCGCCAACUCGAUAGCUCCCCGUCCUCGCUAGAGGUUGCGCUGGAGGUGUAUCAGGAAGACCCGGAUCUCUUCAACCAGAUUGAAAUCUACGCGGACGGUGGCAUCCGCUAUGGCGCAGAUGUGCUGAAGCUGCUCUCUCUGGGAGUCAAGGCUGUUGGGCUUGGAAGGAGCUUCAUGUACGCCAAUGCUUACGGCGCUGAGGGGGUCAGGCACGCGAUCCAGCUCCUGAAGCAUGAAAUCGCCAUCGAUGCUGCUAACCUGGGUGUUCCUGACUUGAAGAAGAUUGACGCUUCCUAUGUCAAAUGGGCCAACAAUGGGUGGUUCACUUAG